GGCGCAGACUCACUUGGUGCUCUCGCACGACCUUAGCAACAGGACUGGGGGGGUCGUAUUGGGUACCUCCUACCGAUGCAAUUCGUCUCAUUACGCGUCAGUCAAGCGAGGAAAAAAAAGAAAAACGACAGAAAGGUUCCCUCCGGCUGCGGAAAACAAGGGCAUUGGCUUGGCGCUUAUCCGCCUGUGUGCACUGCAAAGCGGGGAUGCUGACGAGAGACUCACCACGGGCGCUCUGUGGAUGCCAGAGGACCAACGAUAGCAUCCAUCUUCGGUUUCGUUUGAUUAGUUGAAUCCGGAAUCCUGCGCAGAAACUAUGCCAGUCGUUCCUCUUCUGUUUCUCAUAUUCCGGUUAAAUUACAAUAUCCGGUGGUACGCAACGAAUUAGAAAGAUUGUUUUUUAAAAAAAAAAACCCAAUUGAAUGCCACUGCAUCUCUGCAGAUCAAGAAGACCCCAGGGACCCCCCACUCUAAGCCACAGCAUCCCAGGCAAGCAGACGUCAUGUUGACCAGCAUCACUGAGGGCCUCCUGUGCUGUCUGACAGGUAAGAGCAGUAGUGCAGUCCUGCCUGUGGAUUCGUCGGACUCCCGUCCUGCUGACGGCUUUGAGUUCGUGGAGGUGAAACCGGGACGGGUGCUACGUGUGCGCCACAUCCUGCCCGAGCGUCCCGCCGCGUCCGAGCGUCCCGCAGAGCUGGGCGCCAGCGUCCACUGCAAGCGCAAGAUCACAGUGUACCGCAAUGGGCAGCUGGUGAUUGAGAACCUGGGUGAUGUCCUGCACUCGGAGAUCCUGCAGUGUCCCGAUGGCGACGUGGAGCCGUGCAGCACCGUGGAGGUGGAGCUGGCCGAUUACUCCACCGCCCCGUCCUCCCCCGACCCCAAGCCCGUGCCUCCACACCCGUCCGCCGCGGACCAGCAGAGGCCCGCGCCCCCGCCCAGACGCCGCAGGCGGAAACCCAAGCGCACGGUGCUCAUCGACUCUGAACGGCGCAUCAGCAGCUGUAAGGGUAUGCACCCCGACGUGGCCCUCUUCUUUAUCCACGGCGUGGGCGGCUCGCUGGAUAUAUGGGGUCGCCAGCUGGACUUCUUCUCCAGGCUGGGGUAUGAGGUCAUUGCCCCCGAUCUAGCAGGCCACGGGGCCAGCACGGCGCCCCACAUAGCCGCUGCGUACACCUUCUACGCUCUGGCCGAGGACCUGCGGGCCAUAUUCAAGAGAUAUGCUCGCAAGCGCAACAUUCUGAUUGGCCACUCGUAUGGGGUGUCCUUCUGCACGUUCCUGGCCCACGAGUACCCCGAGCAGGUGCACAAGGUGGUGAUGAUCAACGGCGGAGGUCCCACGGCGCUGGAGCCCAGCCUGUGCUCUGUCUUCCAGCUGCCCUCGUGCGUGCUGCACUGUCUGGGCCCCUGUCUCGCCUGGAGCUUCCUCAAGGCCGGCUUUGCCAGACAGGGCGCUAAGGAGAAGCAGCUGCUGAAGGAGGGCAACGCCUUCAACGUGUCGCCGUUUGUCCUCCGUGCCAUGAUGAGCGGCCAGUACUGGCCCGAGGGCGACGAGGUGUACCACGCUGAGCUCACCGCACCCAUCCUGCUGGUGCACGGCCUCCACGACAAGUUUGUGCCAAUGGACGAAGACCAGCGCAUGGCCGAGAUUCUCCUUUUUGCCUUCCUGAAGGUAAUUGAAGAGGGCAGUCACAUGGUCAUGAUGGAAUGCCCUGAAACGGUGAACACACUCCUGCACGAGUUCUUCCUCUGGGAACCAGACAUCUCCGGCACGGUCUCCAAGGCGACCGUCGAUCGGCCCGCCGUGACUACGGAGGGCACAGCUGAAGAAGCCGUUGGGACAGCCAAAGCCAGCAAAUCCCUGAACAAAUAAGCAAGGAGGAUGGACAUUUCUGUUGGGUAAAUCACUCGGAAGGCUGUUGACAGGCAGGCUGUGUGAGACGGAGCGGUCGUCCUGACUGAGAGCUGGAGUUUGGAGGUGUCACAUGUGCUGCACCAAGUCAGCCAGAAAGGUCCUGAAGGCGAGAACCUGUCCAGACUGGCCAGAGGUUUAAAUAAAGGAAAGGAACGCUUAAACCCGAUUUCAGACCAGAAAUGACGGUUUAUUCCAUCCCUGUGGCAUAUCUCUCUGUUACCUUCAGACAAUUAUCUUUCCUUAUUGUGGUGUGUAAACAAAAAGACCAGAGGUGUCCGUCAGCGGACGAAACCGUGACUGGUUUGAGGUCCAGGCCGACCUGGGCCGGACUGCGGGGGAGGCUGUUCCCCGUGCUCGACGGCGUGCUUGUGAGUGUGAGGUUUGUUCUGCUGUGAUGCAAACACACGUUGGUGUGGGUAGAGGCAGGUGCAAGCCACAGCUAGUGUGUCGUCUACUUAUACAGGCCUUUGUUGAACGCUGUUAUCUGUUCAGAACUAACUAUUCCUAUUAAUCAUGCUGAAGGGGGGAAAAAAAAAAAAAAUCCAGUGAUACUGUCUUCCCAUGUAACACGCCCGCAGAGCCAGUAGGGACUCCGAAAGGAAAAAGAGCACUUCCAGCAAACAUAUUCAUUUUAAAUGAAUAACCAUCCUCCUCGAAUACCCGAGGCUUAAGAAUACGACGUUUGAUAUAAGAAUGUCAGGAUAAAUAUAUAACAAUAGAUAUAUACUACAACAACAUAUAUUUUUCAUUGAAUAAAUCUUAUGUUUUCUUUAAACAGAAGCUAUGUGACUGUGUGUGAAACGAGCAGUAUAUUUCGUGCCACUGGACGCGCUCUCCCGUCGCCUAGCAACCAGGAAUUAGGAGACAGGGGCAGGCGCUCUGCUGAGGGGAGGAAGAGGGGAGGAAGAGGGGAGGUUAAGAUACUGUUGCUACGGUGACGCUGAUACGGCUUUGGUGCUGACAUAAAACAGGAAAUAAGCUAGCACUGUACCGGACUGUUACGCAUAACCCGCAGAUAUCAGUAUACUCACAAAUGUCUUCUGAAAUGGGAAUAUUGUUUAAAGGCAUAUUGUAAACAGCAUCCCCGACAGCAAACGCCUAACAUCCAUUACGACAGUCAGACGCGACGCUCCGUCUGCAUAAUUACGCCUCGCUGCGGUGCGUGGCUUCGGGAAAGCAAUACGGAAACCGCGCGGCUGACAGAGGGCACCGAGCAAGCCUCCUCCGAGGCGCGGGUUGCCGUGACGACGCCGCGGAAGGGUAUAAUGUGCGCGCGGCAGGAAAGACCGGAGGCCCGGCGUUAACGGCUCUUUUCCGGAGGAGCGCGGGCGCGCCGCACGCGCGUCCGUCUCACGCAGCCGCGGCACUGCAGUGCAGCGCGAGAGAGCGCCGCAUUAGUCGGCCCGGGCUGAUCCGCAGGAACGCCUUCGCCCGCUCUGGACAGGAUUACCUGCGGUGUAGAGUUAAGAAGGCUGGAGUUACUGAAGGAAGCGGCGCCCGGCUGCUUUUGGCAUGGCACACUGUCUCGCAGAAGCUGCGGUAGAUAUGAACAUGCAGUGUCAGUGUUUACGUAAAGCUGUUACAUAUUUACCUCGGUGGAUUGUGUUCCGUGUGUCAGCAUUUUUCCCAGUAAGCUUCAAGCACUGUAAACAGCUGUCGUAUCGGUCAGAACUGAGCAUGAAAUAAUUCUUAUAAAGUGCUUUUUUUUUUUUUUUUUUUUUCAUCCAAAUCGUACAUUUGGAGGAGGAGAGCAGAUGAAUCCAUCAUUUCUAAUAACAUGGUCCAUAACAGCGUAUUUGUCUAUUGCACAGAGACAUGGCUUCUGUGAGGCUUUCUCAUGUCUCUCUCUUGGCCCAGUGCUGUGGAGAUACUUUCCAAAUCACAUCCAAGCGUGGCCCGUCUGACCUUACAACUGUCCAGGCUGGCCCUCGCUCUCUACGAGAGACCGCCACAGCCAUCGGGCUGCGUUAAGGAGCCGUUUUCACGCGCUCACAUUAGCAGCAACUUCAGAACCAACCAAAAAUGCAAUUUUAAACGCAACCCUACUUUCUGCUACGCUCUCAACCAUUACAUUUUAUAAACACCUCCAAACAUUAGAAUGAUAGUUCCUCUCUUACACAGAUUAUUUAUUAGGUGCCAUCCUGCAAAAAGAAAGACGUUAUUCACACAAUAAUGCUCUGAAGACUGAGGAUUGAUUCUGUUUAGGUGCUUCUGUGCAAAUAAGGCAUGUGCGAAUAGGACUUCCUAAAAGCGGGAACUAAUAGCAAUGCCAUUAACACUACUGACUGAUACCCACUGCCAAUAUAAAUAUGCACCUUUCCAAUUCACCAUUGUCGCGACAAUGAAAUGACAAGGAGUCCCAAGUUUAGUGUUUAAGUGUAACUGUGAGCCUUUGGAUAAAGCGAAAAUACCACUGACACAUAUAAAGGCCUUCUUUACUAAACUAAGGAGAAAAAGCUGUUAUCCACUUCACUGAGCUACAGUGGGAGAAGCAGGAUUGGAUGUGGCAGUAUUUAAUCAUAGAAGAGAACGGUUGUUUAUAUAAUGGACGAGAAGGCCUGAGAUUUGAAAGGACUAUGACCUGUAAAGAGGGUGCUAAACGGAUCUGAGGUGGUUCUUCUUUCUUAAAGGUGACGUAAACGUUAACUGGCAGGGAGAAGGAACGGAGUUUGGGACUGAACCCCAAAACGACUCUCCUUAGCCUUGGGACAUGUACACAGCGUCGGUGUUUCGGUGUACUACCUUUUGUGGUUCAAUCUACCCCAGAAUCUAUGUUGCAUA